AUGAAGCUGCACUGCCUGAUCCUGGGCUCUCUGCUCCUCCUACUGCUGGCUGGCUGCGGCGGAGGGCUCGGGGCCUCCACCAUCGACCUACGGACCUUCACGGGCUGUGCCGUGCGGGAGUUCACCUUCCUGGCCAAGAAACGCGGGUGCCGGAGGCUGCGGGUGACCACGGACGCGUGCUGGGGACGCUGCGAGACCUGGGAGAAGCCGGUGCUGGAACCGCCUUACAUCGAGUCUCACCACCGCGUUUGCACCUACAAUGAGACCAAGAUGGUGACAGUGAAGCUGCCCAAGUGUGCCCCGGACGUGGAUCCCUUCUACACCUACCCCGUGGCCAUCCGCUGUGACUGUGACAUCUGCUCCACCACCACCACUGAGUGUGAGAGUGCCUGA